AUAAAAAUCAAUCGAGAUAUAGUCAUCAAUUAAUUGAAUGUCAUGAUCACCACGAAACGAACUACUCCCUCCAACGUAAAAACGCCCGCAUACAUAAUCAUUUUCUAAUGAAGAACCUUAACAUCCACAUAUAAAUCAGCUGGCAUGCUGUGAACCCUAAUCCACCGUUCUCUCCAUGGAUUUAUCAUUGGCAGCAAUAAUUACCAUUCUCCCACUCACCAUCACCAUCCUGCUCGUAUUCCAUUUCUACCAUCCGCUUCCAGAAUUCGUACGCCAGAAAUUACAGCUAGGGCAACGUUAUUGCUGCUACCUGGUAGCCUACCAGUGCUACAAACCUCCAUCCGACCUCAGGUUCACCACCGAAACCUUCACCAAAAUCCUGAGCCACCGCAACCACGACCCCGACGACUGCCGCUUCUUCCUAAAUUCCCUUGCCACCUCGGGCAUCGGCGCCGAAACCUGCGGCCCCAGAAACAUAGCCGAAUCCCGCAAAUCCCCGGCAACGCUCCACGAAUCCCUCCAGGAGGCCGACGCCCCAAUGUUCGAAACCCUAGACAAGCUUUUCACCACCUCAGGCGUCCCACCUUCCCGCGUCGACAUCCUCGUCACCACGGUCUCCCUGUUCGCCCCGUCCCCGUCCCUCUCGGCCCGGAUCGUGAACCGUUACAAGAUGAAGCAAGGCAUCAAGUCGUACAGCCUGGCCGGGAUGGGGUGCAGCUCCGGCAUCGUGGGGAUCGAUCUCGUCCGCCACCUCUUCACCACCAUGCCACCCACCGCCCUCGCCGUCGUGGUCAGUACGGAGGCCGUCGGCGCCCACUACUACAGAGGAAGGGACAGGUCGAUGAUGCUCCCCAACGCGGUCUUCCGCACCGGCGGCUGCAGCCUACUCCUAACCAACAACCCUUCCUGGAGCCACCGCGCCGUCGCAAAACUGACCGCCCUCGUCCGGACCCACCUCGCGGACGACGCUGCCUACGACAGCGUCGUCCAGAUCGAGGACGAGGAGGGCUGCCCCGGGUUCCGCGUCUCGAGACAGUCCACCGACACUGCCAAGCUGGCACUGGUGGCGAACUUCCGGGUGCUGCUCCCGAAAGUGCUGCCACUCUGGGAGAUAUUGGCACGCUUUUUGCGGAGGAGGGUGAUGACGGGCGUGAGCGUGAAGAGCGGGAUCCAGCAUUUCUGCGUGCACACGAGCAGGAAGGCGGUGAUCGACGCGGUGGGGAGGAGCCUGGGGCUCGGGGAAGAUGACGUGGAGCCUUCUCGGAUGACACUGAAUCGGUUCGGGUACACGUCAUGCAGCAGCCCUUGGUAUGUUUUCGGGUACAUGGAGGCGAAGAAGAGGCUGAAGAGAGGGGAUCGGGUUCUGAUGGUUGGGCUGGGGGCCGGCUUUAUGUGCAACACGUGCGUCUGGACGGUGAUGAGGGACUUGGAGGAUGGGAAUGUGUGGGGAGACUGCAUUUCUCGUUAUCCGCCGGGGACGUCGAUUGCUGCUACUGCUACUACUACUUCUGAUGCUGCCGAUGAAUAGCGAUCAUGUAUAAUGACACGUGUAUGACGCAUACUACAUGGAUGUUGUCAUCAUACUAGAAAGAAUGUUGUGAACUUGUGAUGAAUCGUUUAAUUGUUAUCUAUAAAAUAAAGUUUAUUCUCUAAUGAUUGUUUAUAAAAUAAUAAAGUAACACAAAAUUAUGUAUUACUUGGAAUGAGAUAAUCGAUGAUAUUAAGUUAUGUAAUCGAUUACAGCCACUAUCUAACCAACUAAUAUUUCUUUGUGUCGCUAUGUGACAUCGAUUGUUUUUUUUUUUCUUCCUAAGAUAAUAAACUAUUGUUGGAUGAAUUUAAGAUAUAGCUCAUCCGGCUGCUAAUGACAUGGAUAAUUUUUCAACGAUAUAAUAAACUAUUGUUAAAAAU